GGCCAGUUUAGAUUUAUUGUCUGGAACGUGAAUUAUUUAAAGCACAGAACGUCGAAUUCUUUAGGUUCGAAACAUUCAAUUGUUAUUUCACCUUUGUGCGCACCUGUAACGUGAAAUGAUGUAAUGCAACAAUAGUUUACGCCAGAGGAAGGCGUUGCAAGCUUAUUUCUAACAUGAAACACAAAUUUGUUGCAUGUUUCGGAUGGUGAGGAAGGCGGCCUGUGUGAUCAAGAAUUCCUCUCGCUUGGUAUAAGGUGGCGCACCUGUCGUUUGUCAGAUCACCGUCCCAGGUGUCGGGCACUUCCGUGAGUUUCCGCGACCUGACGGGAAGAGGCGAGGCGCCAGAACCAGUUCAUUGUGUCCGCACUUUGUCAAAGCAGAAAGAAAGGAGCGUUCACGAGAAGGACCAGAGAGAGAAACGGGGUGAGAGAGUACGCCAGCUUCUCUGCAUGUGACACCACUGACUCCGCAUAUACCCUCGCCAUGAAUGGAAACACCGCGCCGCCUUGUAUUUUCUCUCUUACGUUGCUUUUCGCAACAAAUUUUCAUUUCAGAGUGACAGCUGAAAAUCUUCCACUGUGCAAAGAGUCAGAUUACUACUAUAAAUACACAGAGUGUGAUAGUCAUGGCUCCAGAUGGAGAGUUCCUGUGCCUCAUAUUCCGGGAAGCUGCAUAGGACUGCCGGACCCUGUCAAAGGGACAUCAUGCUCUUUCUCCUGUGGAGCUGGUCAGUUCUUAGACAUGAAAGAGCAACUGUGCAGAAAGUGCAUCGCUGGUACUUACUCCCUCGGCACUGGCAUUGAAUUUAAUGAAUGGGAUACAGUCCCACCAGGAUUUGUUCUUUCAGCAGUAGCUCAAGACGCAGCAGAUGAAUACUCAACUGGGAACUGUACCAUGUCAAAAUGGACUCCCCAAGGUGACUUCAUAGCUUCCAACACAGAUGAAUGCACCGCCAUCCUGAUGUACGCAGUGAACCUGAAACAAUCUGGCAUGGUUUCAUUUGAAUAUCUGUAUCCCGACACAGGAAUAUUCUUUGAAUUCUUUGUUCAGAAUGACCAGUGCCAAGCAACAGAAGAUGAAGAUAAAUGGAUGAAAAAAACAGAAAGAAAUCAAUGGAAUAUUCAUACAGUCAAUCUGAAUCGUGGUAAUAAUGUCUUGUAUUGGCAAACAACAAGGUUUUCGCUGGGCCUGGAAAUGCAAAAGCCAGUUCUCAUCAGAAACAUUCGUAUCACAGGGGUGGCCUAUACAUCAGAGUGCUUUCCUUGUAAACCUGGUACAUUCAAUUCAAACAUUGGAUCCUCUCAUUGUGACCUGUGCCCACGAAAUACUUACUCUCCAAGAGGAGCAACCUCAUGCGUAAAUUGUUCUCCAGAUGAAUAUUCAGAACCUGGGUCAGGAACAUGCAAGAAACGUUCUCCGUGCUCCGAGAAGGACUAUUUUUUCACACAUACGCCGUGCAAUGCUGAAGGAAAGACUCAGAUGAUGUACAAGUGGAUCGAGCCCAAACUGUGCAGUGAAUCUAUGAAAGGAGCAGUGUUGCUUCCUGCUUCGGGAGUCAAGAAGCCCUGCAAGCCUUGUAACCCAGGAUUUGUCCAAGUCAACUUUACUGGCUGUCAGCCUUGUCCUCUUGGCUCUUACUCAGAUGGAUCUGAUGCUUGUACAAAGUGUGCUGUUGGAACUGAACCAAUGCUGGGCUUUGAAUACAAGUGGUGGAAUUCUUUGCCAAAAAAUAUGAACACCUCCUGUUUCAGUGGGAUUAAUGAAGACUGUGGAGUAGUGAGCGGGUGGGAGGUUGCUGGUGACCAUGUACAUAGUACAGUAGCAGGAGCUGACAAUAAUUAUCUGACACUGACAAUGACAGUUCUUGGAUUUAGGCCACCACAGUCAGUAAUAAUAAAUGAUGACAACCCAGAAGUGGCUCGUAUCACAUUCGUCUUUGAGAUGGUGUGUUCAGCAAACUGUGAGCUACGUUUCCUGGUGGGUCCCACAGCAGAAAAUACGUGGACAGUGGAAAUCUGGAAUGGCUCAAAAGAAAAACAGUCCUACACAUACAUCAUUGAAAAAAGGAUGCCACUUGCUUUUGUCUGGGCAUUCCAACGCACUACUUCAUUUGAAGAGAGCAGAAAAUAUUCAUCUGAUGUGGCCAAAAUCUACUCUAUCAAUGUGACCAAUGUAAUUGGAGGUGUUGCAUCGUACUGCAGACCAUGUGCCCUUGAGUCAAGCUCCUCAGAAUCUUGCGUGAUGUGCUCUCCCGGACAGUACAUUGACAAGGAAUAUAACAAAUGCCAGCCGUGCCCACCAAACACAUACCUCAAAGCCCAUCAUCAGAUUGGAAAGGAGUCUUGUAUCCCAUGUGGACCUGGCACCCAAAGUAAUUUGAACCAUACCCUGUGUUACAAUGACUGCAGAUUUGUGCUUCAAGAAGGGGAGAAACCCUUGGAGUAUGACUUCAGCAAACUCAGCCACAUCACAAGCUUUAGAAGUGAACCCCGUUUUACUCCGAAAGGAGUACGAUUCUUCCGAAACUUCAAUAUAAGCUUGUGUGGAAACCAGGGAAGGAAAUUGGCUUCUUGUGUGGAUAAUGUAACAUUUGGUGACAUCUUUGAUGAUGACAAAGGCAUUGCCAGACCUAUUUCAUCUUAUAUCUGCCAGUCCACACUCGUUCCAUCCGAUCUGAUGGGACUGAUGUCAUCCCAUCCCACCAAUCUGGCCGAUCAUUUGAUAGGAGUAACUACUCAAACAGAGCUGGACAAUAUUACAGCUGCAGCCGAUCUCUUUCCAAAGGAAAAAGAUAGUACAUUACCUGAUAUUAUCUUUUAUUACAGAUCUACUGAAUCAACACAGAUUUGUAAAAAUGGGAGAGUGUCCACAGUCAGACUGAGAUGCAAUCCUGGAAGUGUCGGUUCGGGAACAAUUUCUGUACCAAAAAAGUGCCAAGAAGGAACAUGUGAUGGUUGUAUCUUUCACUUUCUGUGGGAAACAGCGGAAGCCUGUCCUCUUUGUUCAAAGAAUGACUAUCACGAGAUAGUGGGAGCAUGCAUUAAUGGAAUUCAGAAAAUUGCUUACGUAUGGUGGGAGCCGAAACUCUGUAAAGGAGGUGUUGCAUUGCCAGUUCAACUAGUGACAACAUGCAAGACAUUAGACUUCUUCUUGAAAAUUGGAAUUAUCUCAGGGACAAUUACCGCUUGCUUAUUAAUUGCCACAACAUGCUAUUUCUACAAGAAAAAUCGAAAAUUAGAGUACAAAUAUUCCAAGCUGAUGAUGAACACCAAUGCUAAGGAUGGUGAAUUACCAGCAGUUGAUAGCUGUGCCAUAAUGGAAGGUGAAGAUCUGGAAGAUGAUCUGAUUUUUAUGAGCAAGAAAUCUUUGUUUGGAAAGAUAAAAUCAUUUGCUGUCAAGCCUUCAUAUGCCCUUGAUCUUGACAUAGAAGAAUGCUUUGCACUAGGAAACGCUCUUUGACUGAAGCACAGAGUACUCAACUUAGAUAGAAUGAGAACACCAGAUGGUUUUGAUUCUGUUCCACUGAAAUCUUCCUCAGGAUCAGCAGACAUGGAAAUGUAACAUGAGAUCUCAAAUGCUCUGCUUUGUUGACACAUUCACUAAAGUGGCCUUCAUUGAGUCAUGUUUAAACUAAGAAUGCUGUAUUUUAAAAAGCUCUUAUUAGAAAGUUAAAUAUAAAUGAAGAUCCUUUUGUAUAAAUGAUAUAAGUAUUGAUUCAUGGUGGCCUUACUACUGUAUCAUUUAUGUACUGAGAUUUUAAAAAGAUUAAUUUAUGCUCAAAUCUUUAAAAUGACCAGAUAUUAAUGAUAAUCAUAAUUACUCAUUCUGGGACCAAUUAUUAAUUUUUCUUUUCCCCAGAAUUAUGAUUUAAGUUUUUAAGUAAUGAAACUAAAAGACUCAACAACUUGAAGAUAUCACCAGCAUGUCUUAAAAAUACGCACUGAAAUGGGAAGGACACAUGGCUCAAAUACAAUUUCUUAAUGUGACCAAAAUUUGAAUUGGUUUUAUUGCUGGGUGUUGCUAUUUCUCUUUCUUAAUCCUCAGCACCUCUUCUUAAGAUAGCUAUUUUACACAGGCAUCUCUUCUAAGUUGCAUGACUUCUGCUUCAAACACCAAACAAAACUGAAAACCUGAAAAUCGCCAUGGAAGCUAUGCUUCUGCCUUAGAACCAACAAUAUCCAAGAAGAAUAUUUGCUUCUAUCCCAAUUAUCUAGUGUGAAUAUCUGCAGUAAUCAUUUGGAUUAAGCAAUUGGCUGUUUAGCUAAUAUUAAGAAAUCAGUGUUUAUUGCUGAUAAGUUCUUGUUUAAUCAUUAUAUAAAACACUUCUGGUUCUCAACUUAUCUUCUUGCUGUCUGGAAAAUGGCUGGAUUGCACGAAGGAAGGCAAUUUCAGUUCACUCUGCUUCACUGCUAAACACGCUGGUAUGUCAUCUACAGGUAUGCAGAACAAAUUUUAGCAACGUUAAUACAAUAGGAAGUAAUUUACAGAAUAUCUUCUGCACAAUGAAAUUUCUCAAGGACUUCACAGGAUGAAGUUUGAACUACAUUGGCCAAAAGCAUGGUGAUUAAGGUCAUUUUUAAGGAGAGCCUUCAAGGGGGUGAAGAAGCAGUGAGAUUUGGGGGUUUAGCACCAAAAUGGUUGAAGAGGCAACCACCAAACCGAAACCUUUCAAAAACAGAAUAACCACUAUAAAAAAAAACCUGAAGUAGCUUUAUGAUGAACUUGCGGGAAAUAGGGCUGUAUUUAUAACAAAAAUCUUGCCACUCAACAGUGCAGUCCUCUCCCUCCCUGUAUUUGCAUACAAAGGAAUGAAUUCUUUUUUAAAUAAAGGAACUCAAUGAGGAUAUUGGAAGCUCUGCUUGAGAGAAGGCCACACUGAGCAUUAUUUCCACGUUACAGCUUCAUUCAACAUGUUUUACAACACACCAGAAGGAGUAGGUUUUGCCUCAAUCUCCAAAAAUAUUUUUUUUGGAAUUUGAGGAAAUGUUGUCCAUGAUUUGUUGCUAAAUUACAAAGAAUUUGUUUAGGACAUUAACACUGCACCACAUCCUUGUCCUUUCCAUAUUUUCCUUUUGCAUUCCAAUAUUAGUUGGCUCUAUAAUUCAUGUUGUUUUUAAGCACAGUGCAUGCAAAAAAAAAGAUAUUGUUAUAAAAGUCCUACUUUGAUGCUGAUUCAAUUAAAGAUAGGUAUCUCAAAGGGUUUUUGAUUCUAUACAUGUGCCAUUUUUCUGUAUGAAAAUGCUUUACAUAUGUAGAGCAAAAUUUUUGCUUUCUUCCACUUAGUUUAAUCUUGGCUGAUCAAUGAUCCGAAGGUAUUUUAAUUGGCUUUCAAAAUUGUAAAGAAAUUUAUAAAUGUGGUUGCUUACUCAUCACCUGAUGUAAAUAGCCACCAGCUCUAAACCCACUUCAAAGUCAAGACAGUAUUAUCAUUCCUGACGAAGGGUCUCGGCCCGAAACGUCGACAGCGCUUCUCCCUAUAGAUGCUGCCUGGCCUGCUGUGUUCUACCAGCAUUUUUUGGGUAUUAUCAUUCUCCUCCUUGAAGGCAUUUAUUGAGGGUGAGGUUGUGGUGAUUACUACCUGCACGUUAAUUCCUCAUAUUACUGAGGUCAUAUUGGUUGCAACUCAAAUUUGCCCUUAGCAUUAUUGCAACAUUCAAAUAAUUUUUCUAAAAGAAUGUUGCAAAUGUCUUUAUUGCACACUAGAUGUACUGUCUUGAUUGGAAGAAACCUGAAAUUUGUCUUGGAUGUUAGGGUUGCAUUGGAAAGGCUUGUGCAGUAGCAAAGGGAAUAUAAGCUUAUCUUCACUCGCUGAGGUGAAUACCUGUUCUUAGCCAAUGGGAUAUCCAUUACUGUAGCUAGCUCUCCAAGCUAAUGACAGUUGACUUCAAUUAGUCCAUGCAUAAUUCUAUUUGCAUUGCAAAAUAAGGUCUUGUACUUAAAACUCUCCAGAAAGACUAUUUAUUUUCAAAUAGGACUAUCUUUUGACUAUAAAAUGUAGUCACUGUAUUCACACUUACUCUAAUUGUUUACCACUUCAAAAUGUGUUAUUGAAUCAGAUCUCAGUAUUGUAAAACUAUAAGUUUGUGCAAACCAUCAAUUUGAAUCAUUGCAGCAGAAUUGCUAAGGAUUAGCAAGUCAUGCUCAUUUUGUCAUGAAAUAUUCUCUCUCCUUGAGAGAUAAGUAACCAUGCCCUGUGAAUAAAUCUCGAAAGCAUCCAGCCUUUUAAUUUGGUUUGAAAAAUCUACAUAAUCAGCAAUUAUGUGAUCUGCAGAAGGAAUAUUCCCUUUGUUUAAACUCUACUUUGCUACUGCUGAAAGUCUCAUAGAUUGAUCGCUUUCCAAGACCAGUUCAAAGUUAUUGUCAAAGUACAUGUAUGUCACCAUAUUGAAUGUUGAGAUUCAUUUUCUUGUGGCAUUCUAUGGAGAACAAAUCUAUAGGAUAAUGACUAACAGAAUCAAUGAACGAUUACCCAACUAGGGCAUUCAAAUAGUGUGCAGAAAAGAACAAGUUGUGCAAGUACAAAAAGAAGAAUCAACAAUAAUAAAUACAUAAGUAAUAAAUAUCAAGAACAUGAGAUGGAAAUUCCUGGAAAGUGAAUACACUGGUUUCAAUGAUGAGGCAAGUGAAGCUAUCCCUUUAGGUUCAAGAAUCUGAUGGUUUUGAGGGAUAAUAACUGUUCCUGAACCUGGUGAUGUGAGCCCUGAGGCUCCUGUACCUUUUUCCUGAUGGCAGCAGUGAGAAGAGGGCAUGACCUCGGUGGUGGGGCUUCCUGAUGAUGGAUGCUGCUUUCCUGUCCCUUCUGUCAUAAACACUAAUCAGGUCAAAGUUUGUGAUAUCAAAAUAAUUUGUGUUCAAAUUUCACUCGCUGAACUUCUCAACUUGUGUUUGUUCUGACUUCCUUUCUCUUAUUUGGAUAGAUUUCCUUCCACUAGUUAUUGUCCUCUAAUAACAUUGCCUGCUUAAGAUGACAGGAAUCAGAAUCGGUUUUAUUGUCUCUGGCAGAUGUUGUGAAAUUUGUUGUUUUGCAGCAGCAGUGCAGUGCAAUUCAUAAAAAAAAAUACUAUAAGUUACUAUACAGAAAAAAGUAUCAAGGAAGACAUAAUGAGGUAGUGUUCAUGAACCAUUCAGCAAUUGAUGGUGAAGACACAGAGCUGUAUUAAAAACAUUGAGUGCAGGUCUUCAGGCUCCUGUACUUCCUCCUUGAUGGCAGUAUAAGAAAAGGAAAUUAGUCAUAUGACAGACACCUGCCUAGAUUUGGACAUGCUCAAUAAGAGUAACUUAUCUUCAGACUGUCUUUCUCUCCUGUGCAACAUGAUUUGUCCCACAAUGACAUACAGUAGCUGAAAUCAGGAGCUUAAUUUCUUAAUUGUCAAAAUGAAUCCAAACUCAGGUUGGAGGAACAACACCUUAUAUACCAGCUGGGUAGCCUCCAACCUGAUGGCAUGAACAUUGACUUCUCUAACUUCCGUUAAUGCCCCUCCUCCCGUUCUUACCCCAUCCCUGAGAUAUUUAGUUGUUUGCCUGUUCUCCACCUCCCUCUGGUGCUCCUCCCCCCACCCCCCUUUCUUUCUCCUGAGGCCUCCCAUCCCAUGAUCCUUUCCCUUCUCCAGCUUUGUAUCACUUUCGCCAAUCACCUUUCCAGCUCUUAGCUUCAUCCCACCCCCUCCGGUCUACUCCUAUCAUUUCGCAUUUCCCUCUCCCCCCUCUACUUUCAAAUCUCUUACUAUCUUUCCUUUCGGUUAGUCCUGACGAAGGGUCUCGGCCCGAAACGUCGACAUUGCUUCUCCCUAUAGAUGCUGCCUGGCCUGCUGUGUUCCACCAGCAUUUUGUGUGUGUUGUUAGUGUAAAUGGGUGUUUUUUGGAUGGUGUGGACUCAGUGAAUCCAGUAAUCUGUUUCCAUUCUGUAUGGCUCAAGAACUAAAAUUGCUAGCAACUCAGCAUCAUUUUAACAUAUUCAGCAUACAUCUAAUAAAAUUACAGAAUUUCCAGCUUUCUAUACUCUGAAAUAGUUUUAUCGUCUACAUUUUAUUCUACGUUAUUUUAUUGUGA